AUGACACAAUUAUUUCCUCGUGCAACACUUAAAAAAAUAAUCAAGUCUCACUACAACAAGGCAUUAACCAAGAACGUAGAUGUUAUGAUUUAUCUAGACUACAUUUUAUUUCUUCAACGGCUAGCUGAAGAAGCUAAUGCUGAAGCAAGUCAAGGUAUAAACGAAAAAAAAAUAGAAGAAAGACAUAUAGUAGCUGCUUUGGAGAGAAUAUUGCAAGAAUUUCAAGGAUGA